GCCGCGGCGGGCACGGCCACCGGCUGCGGGCCGGGAUCGAGGCGGCUGGACGCGGGUCGAGCUGUCGGGAGGGCGGAGCUACAGAAUCUGCUGCAAGGAUGCUGGCUGUCCCGGAGAUGGGCCUGCAGGGGCUGUAUAUUGGGUCCAGUCCAGAGCGGUCCCCGGUGCCCAGCCCACCCGGCUCCCCAAGGACCCAGGAAAGCUGUGGCAUUGCCCCCCUCACUCCUUCACAGUCUCCAAAGCCAGAGGCCCGAGCCCCCCAGCAGGCUCCCUUCUCCGUGGUGGUGGCCAUCGACUUUGGCACCACAUCCAGUGGCUAUGCCUUCAGCUUUGCCAGUGACCCUGAGUCCAUCCACAUGAUGAGGAAAUGGGAGGGCGGGGACCCGGGAGUGGCCCACCAGAAGACCCCGACCUGCCUGCUGCUGACCCCUGAGGGCGCCUUUCACAGCUUUGGCUACACUGCCCGCGAUUACUACCAUGACCUGGAUCCCGAAGAGGCGCGGCACUGGCUCUACUUCGAGAAAUUCAAGAUGAAGAUCCACAGCGCCACUGAUCUCACCUUGAAGACCCAGCUAGAAGCGAUAAAUGGUAAGAAGAUGCCCGCCCUAGAGGUGUUCGCCCAUGCCCUGCGCUUCUUCAAGGAGCAUGCCCUUCAGGAGCUGAGGGAGCAAUGCCCAUCACUGCCAGAGAAGGACACUGUGCGCUGGGUGUUGACAGUGCCUGCCAUCUGGAAACAGCCAGCCAAGCAGUUCAUGCGGGAGGCUGCCUACCUGGCUGGCCUGGUGUCUCGAGAGGAUGCAGAACAGCUACUCAUUGCCCUGGAGCCUGAGGCUGCCUCUGUCUACUGCCGCAAGCUGCGACUGCACCAGAUCAUGGACCUAAGUGGCCGGGUCCCUGGUGGUGGGCGCCUGGGCGAGCGCCGCUCCAUUGACUCCAGCUUCCGGCAGGCCCGCGAGCAGCUGCGAAGGUCCCGCCACAGCCGCACGUUCCUGGUGGAGUCUGGCGUUGGAGAGCUGUGGGCAGAGAUGCAAGCAGGAGACCGCUACGUAGUGGCAGACUGCGGGGGAGGCACUGUUGACCUCACCGUGCACCAGCUGGAGCAGCCCCACGGCACCCUCAAGGAGCUCUACAAGGCGUCUGGCGGUCCCUAUGGCGCGGUGGGCGUGGACCUAGCCUUCGAGCAGUUGCUGUGCCGCAUCUUCGGCGAGGACUUCAUCGCCACCUUCAAGCGGCAACGGCCAGCAGCUUGGGUGGAUCUGACCAUCGCCUUCGAGGCCCGCAAACGCACGGCUGCCCCGCACCGUGCGGGGGCGCUCAACAUCUUGCUGCCUUUCUCCUUCAUUGACUUCUACCGCAAGCAGCGAGGCCACAACGUGGAGACGGCCCUGCGCAGGAGCAGCGUGAACUUCGUGAAGUGGUCCUCACAAGGGAUGCUCCGGAUGUCUUGUGAGGCCAUGAACGAGCUCUUUCAGCCCACAGUCAGCGGGAUCAUCCAGCACAUAGAAGAGCUGCUGGCACGGCCGGAGGUGCAGGGCGUGAAGCUUCUGUUCCUGGUGGGCGGCUUCGCCGAGUCGGCCGUGCUGCAGCACGCGGUGCAGGCGGCACUGGGCACCCGAGGCCUGCGUGUCGUGGUCCCGCACGACGUGGGCCUUACCAUCCUCAAGGGCGCCGUGCUCUUCGGCCAGGCGCCGGGCGUGGUGCGGGUGCGCCGCUCGCCGCUCACCUACGGCGUGGGUGUGCUCAACCGCUUCGUGGCUGGGCGCCACCCGCCCAACAAGCUGCUGGUUCGCGACGGCCGCCGCUGGUGCACCGACGUGUUCGAUCGCUUCGUGGCCGCCGAGCAGUCGGUGGCCCUGGGCGAGGAGGUGCGGCGCAGCUACUGCCCGGCGCGCCCGGGCCAGCGGCGUGUGCUCAUCAAUCUGUACUGCUGCGCCACCGAGGAUGCGCGCUUCAUCACCGACCCGGGUGUGCGCAAGUGCGGCGCGCUCAGCCUCGAGCUCGAGCCCGCGCCUACCGACGGCGCGCCUCCCGGCCGCCGCGAGAUCCGCGCCGCCAUGCAGUUUGGCGACACCGAGAUUAAGGUCACCGCCAUCGACGUCAGCACCAAUCGCUCCGUGCGUGCCGCCAUCGACUUUCUCUCCAAUUGAGGGCGCGCCGGCGCGGAGCCAGCCCCCUCUGCCCAGCCCACCCUGUUUCGGUCCCGGGGUUUGGGGAGCCGUAGGGCGGAGGAACCUGCUUAUACCCCUUUCUCCGCCCUCCAGCACAGGGGAGAUAAGGUCAUGCGAGGGUGGGUGGGGACACAUCUAGAGACUCGGGCUUUGGGAUUGGGCCCUGGUCCACCGACUGGAAGGAAGGCUGAAGGGCCCUGUCAAGGACUGAGGGGAUGAGAAAGAAAGAAGAGGUUUGCGAGACGGUGCGCUCAGCCUGGCAGGGGUGUGUGACCCCGAAGACAGAAUGCAACAGAAGACUUGAGCCCUGGUCUGGACUGGAAAGUGGGGAGGGGAGAGGCCAAGCAAGGCAGGCUGCAGGAGGAAGGUUCUGCAGGGCCUGGACCCGAAGGGCUGGAACUCGCUCACUGACGGUCUCAGCCCAUAGAGGGAGCCGGGCAGAGCAACCCUAUGCUGCUGGAAAAUGACUGCAAGUGGGUACUAGAGGAACAGGGGUAUUAGCACCUUCAUGGGUGUAGUACUGACCACACAAGUAUGACUCUUAAUUGUAGGAAGGCCAGUAGCUGACUAAUGGGGAGAAGGAUACAUUAUUAUGGUGAAGGAGGUUAUGAAGGGAUGUGGAGUUACCGUUCUGGGGGCCUUCAAGAAAAAGCACAUCUGGGAAGGCCCAAGGGCACCCUAUGAAUAACCCACUUGCAACCCACCCCAGCCAUGGAAGGGCAGUUGGGGGUUGGGGGGAUAUGGAGGACAAAGGGAGCGCUGGGGGCUGGUCUCAGCUCUGCCAUUGACACAGGGUGGCAUUAGGACAUUCCCCGAUCACCCAUGGGUCUUAGUUUCCCCGAGUGUGAGAUGUCAUGCACCUCCCUCCAACUAUGACAUGCAACAGACCCAACUGCCUGAGGACCCUAA